GACCCUGGAGACCCGAGCUUUAGCUCCAUCCUCCCUCCAGCAGCUGUAUGAGCGACCGCUACAGAGAUCUCAGACAGAGAGAGAGAGAGGAGCGAGAAGUUAGCAAGAACGGAGGCUUUUCCUAGACAUGCUUUUGCUCUGACGUCCAGCCGUCUGCUGAAGAGUCUAAACGUGUCCUGCUCUGGACGGCAGCAUGAAGAGUUUCAGCCGGUCCCAACUGACUGCCAUGACAACAGGUUUGCUCCUGCUCUGUCUGGGUAGUUCAGGUCUGGAGCUCAAUCCCAGCGUCACUCCGGUCGUCCUCUCCAUCAACUCCUCCUUCAGCAUCACCUGCUCCGGCGGGAGUGAUGUCACCUGGCGCUUCAAGCGGGAGGAGAAAGUUCCAGAGUUCCACACCGAGAACCAAAGUCCCUCCUCCAGCGUUCUCCGUCUGGAGCAGGUGACGUGGAGACACACGGGAGUCUAUGUGUGUUCAGAGAACGGGACAAAUGAGACCAGAGAGGUGGCUGUGUUUGUGCCUGAUCCUGAGGUGUGGUUCCUCGAGAACGAUCAUGUCAUGGUGACUAAGACGCGAGUGAAAGGCACCAUCCCAUGUCUGGUAACGGAUCCCUUGAUAAACGUCACGCUGUACGAGAGUAACACAGACAAAAAGGUGGAGGGGUCGUACAACCCCAGCGUGGGCUACACCGCCGCACUGGAGGACAAAACCUACAAAUGCAAAGGAGAGCUGAACGGAGAGGAGAAAGAGUCCAUCCCCUUCUACGUCUUCAGUAUAUUUGCUCCCGAGGCUCUGGAUCCAAUCAUCAACGCCUCCAAAACGGUCCUGAAACAGGGCGAGAUGCUGAACGUCAACUGCACUGUUCAUGGCGCGGAGCUCGUCUACUUCCUUUGGGACUUUCCCAACAAAGACGCAAGGGGCGUUGAAAUCUUGACUGAUGUCCUGUCGUCCGUGAGCAUGCGAUCAUGUCUCAACAUCACAAACGUGUCUCUGGCCGGAUCAGGACAGUACGUUUGUCGGGUGCAUGAGGGUGUGGAGAACCAUAAAGCUUCAGCCAGUAUCAACAUCACUGUACUGGAGAAAGGAUUCGUGGCUCUUUCUUCUGAACUGGACAGAAGCGUCUCGGCGCAGCUUGGAGAAAACGUGGAGCUGAAGGUGGAGAUCCAGGCGUAUCCCAAACCCACCGUCCACUGGACUAAAGACGGCACUGCUAUUACAGGACACAACACAAUACAGGAAAAUGAGACCCGGUUUGUCAGCACGCUGACCCUGGUCAGGAUCCGACUGGAGCAGAUGGGUCUCUACACCGUCAGUGUCCAAAACGAUGAUGACUUUAAAGACUUGACCUUUGACCUAGAGGUGAAAGUUCCUCCACAGAUAACUGAACUCUCUGACCAUCAGCUUCCUGGUAAGAAGCACGCGGUCACCUGUGUGGCGGAGGGAGUACCGUCUCCCAGCAUUCAAUGGUUCAGCUGUGACAGCAUGCCCAAGUGCAGUAACAGAAGUGUGGCGUGGAGCCCUCUAGAGGAGGAUCCUGAGAAAGUCACCAUCCAGACGAACUUCACCUACAACAUCAGGCGCAAGAUCCACCAGGUGCACAGUCAGCUGACUCUCCUGCGGCCGCAGCUGCUCUCCAUCCGCUGCGAGGCCCGCAACGAGAGAGGAGCCCGAGCCCGAGACAUCAGACUGGUCCACAGCACGUUGUUUUCUCAGGUGGCCGUUCUGGCUGCUGUCUUAGCGCUGGUGGUCAUCGCCAUCAUCUCCAUCAUCAUCCUCGUCGCUGUGUGGAGGAAGAAGCCGCGCUACGAAAUCAGGUGGAAGGUGAUCGAAUCGGUCAGUUUGGAUGGACACGAGUACAUCUACGUCGACCCCAUUCACCUGCCCUACGACCUGGCCUGGGAGAUGCCCCGGGACAGUCUGGUGCUGGGCCGGACGCUGGGAUCUGGAGCCUUCGGGCGUGUUGUGGAGGCGACGGCGUACGGUUUCGGCCACUCGCAGUCCGCCACUAAAGUGGCAGUGAAAAUGCUGAAAUCGACGGCGCGGAGGAGCGAGACUCAAGCUCUGAUGUCUGAACUCAAGAUCAUGAGUCACCUGGGUCCUCACCUCAACAUCGUCAACCUGCUGGGAGCCUGCACCAAACACGGGCCGCUGUAUCUGGUGACAGAAUACUGCCGCUAUGGGGAUCUGGUCGACUAUCUGCACAGGAACAAGAACAGCUUCCUCCAGUACUACGCCGACAAGAACCACAUUAACAACGGCAACCAGAUGUGUAACGACAGCGAUGUGAAAGAAUACGUGUCGUUCGGCAGCGAGUGUGAUGGAGGAUACAUGGACAUGACCAAAGACGAGCAGACCCAAUACGUGCCAAUGCUGGAGCUCUCAGACUCCAUCAAGUACGCAGAUAUCCAGCCGUCACCCUACGAGUCUCCUUACCAGCAAGACAUCUAUCAGGAGCAAGGUCACAGGGUGGAUCACUCUCUGGUCAUCAGUGAUUCUCCGGUUCUGAGCUACACUGAUCUCGUGGGUUUCAGUUAUCAGGUGGCCAAAGGCAUGGAGUUCCUGGCUUCAAAGAAUUGUGUGCAUCGGGAUCUGGCAGCAAGAAACGUUUUGAUCUGUGAGGGCAAACUGGUCAAGAUCUGUGACUUUGGACUGGCCAGAGACAUCAUGCACGACAACAACUACAUCUCCAAAGGCAGUACGUUUCUUCCUCUGAAGUGGAUGGCGCCGGAGAGCAUCUUUCAUAACCUGUACACCACGCUGAGUGACGUCUGGUCCUACGGCAUCUUACUGUGGGAGAUUUUCACUCUGGGAGGAACCCCGUAUCCAGACCUGCCCAUGAAUGAGUUGUUUUACAGCGCUCUGAAGAGAGGAUACCGCAUGACCAAACCCUCGUACGCCUCCGAAGACAUUUAUGAGGUCAUGAGGAAAUGUUGGGAUGAGAAGUUCGAGAAGCGUCCGGAGUUCUCCUUUUUGGUGCACACAAUGGGGAACAUGCUGUCAGACGGAUAUAAAAAGAGGUACUGUCAGGUCAGCGACAGCUUUCUGAAGAGUGAUCACCCCGCAGUGGCCCGUGUGAAGCCACGUGUCCCGUCUCCAUUCCCGGGAACCUUCCCUCCUCAGUCUCCCUCCUCAGAUCUGAGCCCGAACCCUGUCCCGCGCCCGCAGGCUGACGGAGACACCGCUGAGGCUCCACAUAACGAGUACAUCAUCCCCAUCCCUGACCCCAAACCGGAGGAGGAGACCCAGGACGAUGGGAUGGUGCUGACGGAAAUCCCCUCGAGCUUGUUAAGUUCUGAUGAGGAGACGGUCUCGAUGGAAACCCCGAGCACCGAACCCGAGCACGAGGAGCUGCUGCCAGAUCAUUCUGGAAGCCCAGAAGUGGAGGAGAGCUUCCUGUGACAUACUUCGGCUUCCUGUCAUCAUGAAGUAAUUUUAAUGUACAUUUUGAGCAGAUUUUUAUCAAAUGCAUCAGAAUGAUAUGCUAGAUUUCCUCAUGUGCCCUUAAAGACCAUCUGUGAAGGUUGAGGUUGUAUUCUUUUUUACUAAAGUGGUACAAUGCAGUAUUUAAAACUGCAGAAGGCAAAGCUACAAUCAGAUGAUACGUACAUUAGUUGUGUUAGGUUUCAAAUCAAACUUCAGAGUGUCAAUCAGCAAACAUAUAUGAUGUGCUAUAUUGUACUUUUUGUGUUAAAAUCAAUCUCAGCAUUUUUAAAUUGAGUCCAUAUUUCAUUUUUAUGUUCAGACAGCUGUCUUUGACUUAAUUUUAACAUCAGUUUUUUUGUCAAGAUUCUUGUAGCAAACUUGCACUUUAAUGUUUAUGAGUGAUUGCAGCAAAUAGAUUAUACACAUGCAUGUGAUUAUUUGUGAUUUAAGUUUCUAUUUUUACAUUCCACAAAUGGAUCCAACAGAACCAUGGAAGCCUGUUUCCACCAUGGACAAAAAUAAAUAAAUCAAUAAAUAAAGGUAAUUGUGAAGUUUAUCUCAAAAUCCCUUUUUUUCCAUGCAACUCUGAGAAAAUGUCAGAAUUAUGAGAUAUAAACUCAGAAUUGCGAGAAGUAAUCUGGCAGUUCUGAGAAAAAUAAAAUUGUGAGAUAUAAAACUAAGAGUUGCGAGAUGUAUAAUAUAAUAAUAAAAAAAGGUAAUUGCAAGUUUAUAUUUUACAUUAUAUCUCAUUAUUCCGACUUUUGUCUUUCACAAAUGUUAGUUUAUGUCACAAAUCUGACUUUUUUCCUUCACAGUUAGGAGUUUAUAUCUCAUAAUUCAGACUUUUUUCUCUCAAAUGUUAGUUUAUAUCACCAAUCUGACUUUUUUCUUACCAGGUAGCAGUUUAUAUCUCAUAAAUUUAGACUUUAUCCCUGCAAUUAUAAGUUUGUCUCCCAAUUCUGACUUUUUUCCCCACAUUAUGAGUUUAUAUCUCAUAAUUCAGACUUUUCCCCAAGCAAUUACAAGUUUGUCUCACAAUUCUGAUUUUUUUUCCCACAAUUAUGAGUUUAUAUCUCCUAAUUCAGACUUUUUUCUUUUGCAAAGUAUAUGUCACAAAUCUGACAUUUUUCUUCACAUAAUUCUGCCUUUUAUUUCACAAAUGUUAGUUUAUAUCACAUAUCUGACUUUUUUCUUCACAGUUAGGAGUUUAUAUCUCAUAAUUCAGACUUCUCCCCUGCAAUUACAAGUUUGUCUCGCAAUUCUGACUUUCCCCCCACAAUUAUGAGUUCGUCACAUAAUUCAGUAAUCUCUUUUUUUUUAAUCCCAUGUUGGAAACAAGCUUCCAUUCAGAACACAAGGCAUAUUACAGAGUCAUACUGACAGCAUAUCUGAACUGACUCUGUCUCUGUACAGUAGAAAGUAUAUCUAAAUGACUCAUGGUACAUCAGAAAGACAUAAUUUAGUAGAUGUUUUCCAUCCAAAACAUUUUAUAUUGGAGAUCAUUUGACAUGCUCUUGGCAGGUUUCUUCCACUGAGAUGAAACUUUACAUGCAGCCCAGGUUUUUCAUCCUCAAAUGAUUAGUUCAGUAUCAUCCACACAGUGUUUGAGUACUUAAAAUUGAACUUUAUUUCAUGCAAACAUUUAAUAUAUCCAAACACAGUUUGAGAAGGUGAACAUAAAGGCUUCGUCUUGUCUGCUUGUCUUGUUUAUUAUUGAUUUUAACCCUAGGCGUUCGUAUGUAUGCACAAGGCCUUAAUACAUUGCACAUGUCAGUACUUAUAUCACAUAGUCAAGUUACACACUCUAAGGUACCAAAGCUUUAUGUAUGUUUACAAGUAUAUUUUUGUAUAGAUAUUUUGUACAUUGCUCUUUUACACAUUCUAUGUAUGAUCAAAAAUAAAUCUGUGAUACAUUCUUUAA